AUAGCUAAACAAAUUUAAAAAUCAAUCAACUAAGUUGAUGAACCUCUCUUUGACUUCUCACCUAUGGUGCCAUCACAGAUCCAGCAGUUCCUCUCCUCCGUACUCUCACAGCGGGGGCCAUCUUCCCUCCCUUAUUCGGAGGACACCAAGUGGCUGAUCCGCAACCACCUGGUCACUCUUACCGGAGCUUACCCGUCGUUGGAACCCAAGACGGCAACCUUCACUCAUAACGAUGGCCGCUCCGUGAAUUUACUCCAGGCCGAUGGUACAAUUCCGAUGCCCUUCCAUGGCGUCACCUACAACAUCCCUGUGGUUAUCUGGCUUAUGGAGUCCUAUCCUCGGCAUCCUCCCGCCGUGUACGUCAAUCCGACUCGCGAUAUGGUCAUCAAGCGGCCUCAUCCGCACGUUAGCCCGUCGGGGCUCGUCUCGAUCCCUUGCUUGCAGAAUUGGAUCUAUCCGAGUUCGAAUAUUGUCGAUCUUGUUGGCGAGUUGAGCAGGACCUUCUCACGAGAUCCACCGCUUUACGCGCAGCGCCGUCCGACACCUAGCCCAAUCCCGAGCACUAGUUUUGGGUCUGGAGGACUUUCGGAAUACGUUAGACCGCCGGUAGUGAUCCAUCAUACUUCUCAUUCGACAUCAACUCCGAGGCCGUACCCGCCUCCGUCUCCUUACGGCGGGUCUGGGAGGGCGCACACUGACGAUGCGGCCGAGGUGUACAAGAAGAACGCGAUUAAGAGGAUAAUGGAGACGGCGCACGGGGAUAUUACGGCGAUGAGGAAGACGAGGGAGGCGGAGGUGGAAGGGUUGUUUAGCGCGCAGGCUGUGUUGAGGCGGAGAGAGGAGGAGGUUAAUAGGGGAUUGAAGGGGAUGCAAGAUGAAAAGGAAGGAUUAGAGGCGCAAUUGCAGGUUGUGUUGAUGAACAUCGACGUUUUGGAGGGAUGGGUGAGGGAGAGUGAAGGGAAGGUCAAGAAUGCUCCCAUUUUAGAUGUGGACAAUGCUAUUGAGUGCACUGAUGUGCUGUCUAAGCAGAUUUUGGAAUGCACUUCUGCGGAUUUGGCUAUUGAGGAUGUUGUGUACUCUUUGGAUAAGGCCGUGCAGGAAGGGGUGAUGCCAUUUGAUCAGUACUUGAGGAAUGUGAGGUUGUUGUCGAGGGAACAGUUCUUUCACCGUGCAACUGCGGCCAAAGUCAGGGCUACUCAGAUGCAGGCUCAGGUUGCUGGUAUGGCUGCUAGGGCUUCCAAUUAUGCUACAUGAAAGUUGAAAGAAUGCAGCUCAAUUUGAAAGUGAACUGUAGAGUUAUAUGGUCAUGAUAUUGUUUGAGGAUCAACAACAAGGAUUUGGGAGGACUCAUUGAUCCCCGAUCAACCAGGUUUUAAAAACCUCUCUGACUGAGGCUUCAGAUGCUGCCAAUUAUCAAUUUAUCAUCAUGCUGUGAGGGCUGUAAAAAUGGCUUAGGGGCUGGAGGCCCGGGCUGAAGAGGCUGAAAGGAAGAGAAGCAGCCAAACAUGAGCUUUUGGAGCGGAAGAAAACUUUAGAAGCCUGCCUUAGUGAAGUCGGAUAGAAAGCUCUGGAAGAAGCCCGCUUGCAUUACGCUGAGGUGCAGAAAAGGAUUGUGAAUGAGUACUUUGAGUUUUGUGAAUGAGUACUUUGAACGGGAAUGGGGUGAGGCCCUGUGUGCUGCUGGGAUUGGAAGAACUCUGGUACCAAGAACAUGUUCUGUGGCCCGAGUCUAAUCUUCCCAAACUAGACCUCAAGGCAAUGCUUGUCAGGGAUAAGAGAGCGAUGGUGAGGAUUUGUGUGUGACCAACUGAACCAGCGCUGAGUGGUGGAAAUCCAUUCGGAUUCACAACUGGUCAGCAACUUAUUGUUUACUUGUCAGGAAAACAUAUUCUUGGGGAUUUUGUCUGACCUACUUUGGAGUUUGGGGUGGAAAACAUUUUAUUAUUUGAUGCUAAAGAUUAUUAAAUCCA